GCGGGGCGGGGGUGGGCGCGGCAGGGGUCCGGUGGCGGCAGAUCGCGGAGAAAGGACUGGAAAGCUGACCGGGGUUGCGGGAGCCGGUGAAACGGAACGGGCAUCGGACCAACCCCCUCAACAGGGCCCGCCCCGGCCCCGGCCCAGCCGGAUGGACCCCCCCGCGGCCAAGCGGAGCCGGGGCUGCCCCGCGGGACCGGAGGAGCGUGAUGCCGGGGCCGGGGCCAUGCGUGGCCGGGGCCGGCCCGAGGCGCUGCUGGACCUCAGCGCCAAGCGAGUAGCCGAGAGCUGGGCCUUCGAACAGGUUGAGGAGCGGUUCUCCCGGGUUCCAGAACCAGUUCAGAAGCGCAUUGUGUUUUGGUCGUUUCCACGUAGUGAACGGGAGAUAUGUAUGUACUCAUCGCUGGGCUACCAGCCCCCAGAGGGCGAGCAUGACGCCCGGGUGCCCUUCACUCGUGGUCUGCACCUCCUGCAGAGCGGGGCUGUAGACCGAGUCCUGCAAGUGGGGUUCCACUUGAGUGGAAGCAUCCGGGAGCCAGGGGGCCCUGGGGAGCCCGAGCGCCUCUACCACGUCUCCAUCAGCUUCGACCGCUGCAAGAUCACAUCUGUGAGCUGUGGCUGUGACAACCGAGACCUCUUCUACUGCGCCCAUGUGGUGGCCCUGUCACUGUACCGCAUCCGGCAUGCCUGCCAGGUGGAGCUACGGCUGCCCAUCUCAGAGACACUCUCCCAGAUGAACCGGGACCAGCUGCAGAAGUUCGUGCAAUACCUCAUCAGCGCCCACCACACGGAGGUGCUGCCCACUGCCCAGCGAUUGGCUGAUGAGAUCCUCUUGCUGGGCUCUGAGAUCAACCUGGUGCAUGGUGCCCCAGACCCCACAGCCGGUGCAGGCAUCGAGGAUGCUAACUGCUGGCACCUAGAUGAGGAACAGAUCCAGGAGCAGGUGAAGCAGCUGCUGUCCAAUGGCGGCUACUAUGGUGCCAGCCAGCAGCUACGCUCCAUGUUCUGCAAGGUGCGGGAGAUGCUGCGGAUGAGGGACUCCAAUGGGGCGCGCAUGCUAAUCCUCAUGACUGAGCAGUUCCUGCAAGACCCGCGCCUGGCCCUGUGGAGGCAGCAGGGAGCAGGCAUGACGGACAAGUGCCGGCAGCUCUGGGACGAACUUGGGGCCCUGUGGGUGUGUGUGGUCCUGAGCCCCCAUUGCAAACCAGAGGAACGGGCCAGCUGGCUCCAGCUGCUUGGCAAGUGGAACAAGCUGGAUGUGUGCCCGCUGGAAGAGGGCAACUACUCCUUUGAUGGACCGGGUCUGCAGUCCCCCACGGCCCUCAGCCCAGGCCUGGAGGAGGAAGAGGAGGCAGAAGAGGUGGCAGCGGGUUCCCGCCACACAGUGUUUGGCCGCGCCCUGCAGGCUGGGUCGCUGCGCUGGAGUGACACCCACUUGCAGAGGAUCCUGGCCAGUGACUCCUUCAGCCCCAGUCUCACAGGCAACAUGGGCAGCGACAAGCCAACCUCUGACCCCCAGGGCCGCCCACUCUGGCUGGGUGAGCCCUUCCCCACGGCCUGUGCCCGCGUGGACACCCUGCGUGCCCAUGGGUACCCACGCCAGGCCCUACGGUUGGCCAGCGCCAUAGUCAACACACUGCGGCUGCAGCGGCGACACCAGUUGGAGAGCUACAAGCAGCAGAAGAAAGAGCUGCUGCAGAAAGGCUCCACUUGCAUCACCAACACGGAAGGAUGGGUGGGCCACCCCCUGGACCCCAUCGGCUGCCUCUGCAGGGCACUCCUGGAAGCCUGUCGCUUAGAGGAGGAAAGCCUCGCCCUUUACCCAGACUCGGGUCCUGAGAAGCGGAAGGUUGCCUACCAGCAUGUACCUGUGCCUGGGAGCCCCGGGGAGUCCUACUUGGCACUGGCGCUGGAGGUAGCAUUGUUGGGCCUGGGGCAGCAGCGGGCCCUGCCGGAGGGGCUGUACGCCCAGGACAAAGUUGUCCGCAAUGAGGAGCAGCUGCUGGCCCUCCUGGAGGAUGUGGAGCUAGAUGAGCGUCUGGUGCAGGUGCUGCGCAAGCAGGCCGGGCUACUUCUGGAAGGGGGUCCCUUCAGUGGCUUUGGAGAGGUGCUGUUCCGGGAGAGUGUGCCCAUGCACACCUGUGCCCGCUACCUGUUCACUGCACUGCUGCCCCACGACCCCGACCUUGCCUACCGCCUGGCACUGCGAGCCAUGAGGCUGCCGGUACUGGAGACCGCGUUCCCAGCUGGAGAGCCUCGCCCCAACCCACUGGACUCCAUCGUGAGCAACCGCUUCCCACGCUGGUUUAUCCUUGGCCACCUGGAGACCCGCCAGUGCGAGCUGGCCUCCUCCAUGCUGACAGCUGCCAAGGGAGACCCCAAGUGGCUACACACAGUACUGGGCUCCAUUCAGCAGAACAUCCACUCGCCAGCCCUGCUCUUCAAACUGGCACAGGACGCCUGCAAGACGGCCACCCCAGCCAGCGCACCACCCGACACCACCCUGCUGGGCAUAGCGCUGGAGCUGGGCCUGCAGGUGAUGCGGAUGACCCUGAACACUAUGACCUGGCGGCGGAGGGAAAUGGUACGCUGGUUGGUUAGCUGUGCCACAGAGAUCGGCCUGCAAGCCCUGGUGAACAUCAUGCAGAACUGGUAUUCUUUAUUCACACCGGUGGAGGCAGCCACCAUCGUGGCCGUGACAGGUACCACGCAUGCCACACUGUUACGACUUCAGCUGGAUGCUCCCCGACGGGAGGAGCUCUGGGCCUGUGCCCGAACCCUGGCCUUGCAGUGCGCCAUGAAAGACCCACAGAACUGCGCCUUGCCGGCCCUCACCCUGUGUGAGAAGAACCACGCGGCCUUUGAGGCAGCCUACCAGAUUGUGCUGGAUGCAGCAGCUGGAGGCCUGGGCCAUGCCCACCUCUUCACCGUGGCACGCUAUAUGGAGCACCGUGGCCUCCCGCUGCGUGCCUACAAGCUGGCCACGCUGGCCCUGGCACAGCUGAGCAUCGCUUUCAACCAAGACAGCCACCCAGCUGUCAAUGAUGUGCUUUGGGCCUGCUCACUCAGCCAUUCGCUGGGUCGCCACGAGCUCUCGGCCCUUGUCCCCCUCAUCAUUCGCAGCAUCCACUGUGCCCCCAUGCUCUCUGACAUCUUACGCCGCUGGACCCUCUCAGCACCUGGCCUGGGCCCCCUGGGGGCCCGCCGGGCUGCCAAGCCACUAGGCACUGACCGGGCGCCACUCUGCCAGCUCCUGGAUGCGGCAGUGGCAGCCUACAUCACCACCAGCCAUUCCCGCCUCACACACAUCAGUCCGCGGCACUACGGUGACUUUAUUGAGUUCCUGGGCAAGGCCCGAGAGACCUUCCUGCUGGCACCUGACGGGCAUCUCCAGUUUGCCCAGUUCUUGGAGAACCUCAAACAGACCUACAAGGGCAAGAAGAAGCUCAUGCUCUUGGUGCGGGAGCGUUUUGGCUGAGGAGCAGCCAGCAGGUGGGAGUAAUCCCACUGCAUGCCUGCCUCUUGGCCACCCACUCUCCAUUGGGCCUCAACACUAGAGGCCCUUGUGGCGUUUCAGUAUUAAGUCAGGGAAGGAUCCUGGCAGGAGUUAAGUGGUCUUGCCAGUCCCCACACCCCAAGCCCAGCUGGAGGUGAGAGGCAGGGGCAGCAUCCUGCCAUGUGCGUGCCUAGGAGUGCUGGAGCCAGUAUGUGAGACGCAAGGAUCAGAAGCCAUAGCGCCACCCAGAGUUCUGGAAGGGGGUGUGUGCUUGGGCAGUUGGUGUGACCCUGCUUUGGGCACCAAAAGCAAUAGGCAAUCUCCUCCCUGACCUUGUAGACCUGGCUUAGGCUGGAGGGUGGGGUGCAUGGGGAAGGGAAGCUGGGAGGUAGGACUUUCCAGAAACCUGUCCUCAGUGUAGCAGACACUCCCUGCAUCCCACUCUAGGUGGCUAGGGGACUUCGGUUAAGGCAUUGAAAGCUCCUUUUGCACCCUCCCCUCACUGCCUCAGGGUCCCCGUCCCCUCCAGGCUGCCCAGCUGGGACCAGUGGCUCUUCCCAACUGAAGGAUUUGAAGAGGCCUCAGGCUUCAACCACAUACCUCACCCCCUGUCCAAUGAGGACACUCUCCCCAUGGGUGCCAGGGUCCCAGAGUGGGCUGGGGGGGUCAUUGCUCUCCCUCCUACCAGCUAGUCACUGGACAUACAACUCAGGAACUGAGCCAGGCUCACAUUGUCCUCCAAACCUGGUGUUGGGAGGAACAAGUGCAGGAGAGCCAGGGACCCUCGCCCUGACCUGGAAAGGGAGAGGCCAGCAUCUUGGCAUUAUUUGCCCCUUUCACCUGUGCCUCCCAGCUCCUCUUCUUCACUUACUCCCGUUCCAUAUUUCUCCACAUUUCUGUUCGUGUCUCUAGUCCCACUGCCUCUUUUACCUCCUCCCCUUGGCCCAGGAAGUGGGGGCGAGAGUAGUUCCCCCACCCUCUCCCUCUUUUCUCCUCUUGUGAUUAAGGACAAAAGAUCAUGUCAUUUUGUAACAUUUUUCUAUUUAUUGAACUAUAUAUUGUAUUUCCCUUCCCCCCUCCUUUUUUUUUUUUUUAAUAUUGAACACAGCAUUUUCUUUCUAAUUUUGAAGGUGUGACAUGUACCCCCUCUAAUCUGGGUAGGGCUGCCUUCAUGAGUCUUCUGCCUCAUCUCUGGGUACAACUUCAAGGGAUGAAAUGGGAAUGAUGUCCUGUUUCAGUGAGUGAUGACAGUGUGAAUAAUAGCAGGCAGGAGUGGAGUGGUGGCCGGGAGCAAGCCCUGCCCAGGAUGCUGUACACCUGUCAUCAGUUGUUCAUUGUCAGCCCAGUGCUGCAAGUCUUUAUCAUCCCCAUUUUAGACUGGAAAACUCGGGUUCCAAAGGAAAGGGGUGCCUGGGUAGGAAGUUGCUGGGAGUGGCCACUAGGGGAUGCCGUGGUUCCAGAUCCCGGUAUUGGGGGUACUCGUCUCCAAGCUCUUGGGGUAGUAGGGGGGCCUUGUCCGAUGCAGCCCUUUGGGAGUACUCCCCCCACUCCCACCCCGCCCCAGUGGUGAGAACGCUGGGCUCACACACAGUCGCGGUGGGCGGGUCCUGGCCGUGGCGGGAGGUACGGUGGGUGUGGUCAGUGGGGCGCGGUCAGGGCAUGUCUUAGAGAUCAGGUUUCCAAUUCCCAAACUAGGAAUCAGGGAUGUCCAGUUCUCGGCUGCCCUCCUUCCUUGGCUGACAAGCGCCUCCCUCGGGACCUUCAGGUCUUCAGAGACUGACGAUGGACCGACUGGGUCAAUUAGGGCGGGGUCAGACGAGGACACAGGCUUCCCGGAGGGGCGGGGCCGGCCGCUAGAGGGCGCCAAGUCCGCGCGCGAGCCCGUGGGCAGGACUUAGGCCCAGUUCUGGGCGUUUGGUUCGCAGCCCCGCCCUCCUGUUGACGGGGCCAAUUGGGGGCGGCCCCGCCCCUCGUUCCCCAGGUACGGGCGCGGGGGCCUGCCUGCGCGCUCCGUGGCGUGCUCUGGAGGCUUGGAAUGUAAGGGAGCCCCUGUGGCCUCAGCUGCACCCAAAUACCGUCCUUGAAAACGCGGCGGCCCUUACUGUGCCCCACAACUUUCAAAGUCAUCCGAAAAUAAUUCCAGGCAUUAUAUUGAAGUGGCGCCCCCUGCCGACCCGUCUUCACCUCAAGCUCAAGCCCCCAGCACCCCAAUCUCACCCCUACGCUGGAGUGGUCCUGUAUCUCAGUCGCCUCCAAAUGUCACUAGAUCCACAGUUAUCUGUGAAAACCCAUGGUUUCUGUCAGCCCCCACCCAGGCCUAUGGCAUUCCUCAUGGGGCAGGCACUAAGUCCCUGCCACAACAGCCCCCUUUGUCACCACCAUGGGAGUCCUAAGAGUCAGUCUCUACAGUCCAGGGUUUCCCUGUUUCACUCCCGACCCCAGGACACCCCUCAGAGUCACCUUUCCACACCCGACACCUCCUCCACCCAAAUGACUAAGUUAGAGCCUGCCUUACUUAGCACAGCUGGGGCCAGGACAGGGAGAGGGUGCUCGGGCAGUGAAUUCAGGUCGACCAACCCCCCCUACCCAAAAGUCUGGGGCUCCAGGGAGAGGAGGUAGGCGUGAAACACCAGGCCUUCAGGAAUGAGGUGGGGGCAGGUUUUAUUAAAUUCGACAAGAGAUACAACACACCGCAGUGACUCCUCCAAGCUUCUGGCUGCCCCACCCCUGCGCCAGCCACAGAGCCUGGGCAAGUCACUCUGCCUCCCCAGUCAUACCCUAAAAAGAGUCCCCUCCCAUCUGAUAAUGGACAGUUCCAAAGACCACCCAGGGCUAAACAGACAAGCUUGUAUCUUUCCAGGGCCAUAAGGACCUCAGUUCCCACCCCUGUGCCAGAAGGGUAUCAAGGCCCCUCCCCCCAAGUUAGGAAUCCUCAGGGCUCAAGGAGGGGCCAGGCAUUCUCAGGUCAACCCAGCCUGGUUCCGGAAGCCCAGCGUUGGCAUUUAACGGUCUGAAGGCCCAAGGCUGUUUCCUCUUGGGUAACAACAGACUGCUGGAAAGGUGCGGCCCAGCUGUGGCCCCCGCCAUGAGUGAGGGGGGUAUGCAGCCUGCUUCCUUUUUACAUGGAAAGGCCACCCACCCAUCUGUCCUCUCUGGGAGCCCAGCCCAGCAGGAGGUAGUCCUGGGGGGGGGGCCCCAAAUGCAGAGUUGGGGGAGGGAGCUGGCAGUAGACAGCUGGAUCCAGCCACCCUAUCCCAGGCCCCCUCUCUCCCCAAGUCCCUCCUCCAGACCCAGGCCUGGGUCUGGGUCCUCAUCUCCUCCCCCAGACAUCAGCCCACCCAGGGAAGGCAGGGGCCACAGGCUCCGAGGGGGCUCGACUCCUGUUCCUGCUGAACUGAGCCAGUCUGCACAAAUCAACUGUGUUUCAGCUCAGUAGGCACAGGAGGCAGAGCCCAGGGAGACCCAGGCAGGUGGUGGGAAAGGAGGCAGGGCAGGAGGAGGUGGGGGCCCCGGGGGCGGAACUUAGCCACUGUGAACACGACUUGGUGUGGACCCUGUUCACAAGCAGCUAAGCCCUGCUCCCCAGGCCAGAUGCAGGCGGUGGGGGACCUCUGCCAUGCCAUCCCCAGGCAGGUCCUUGGCAGUGGUGGUGGCAGCAGUGGAGGCCCCAGAGGCAGGGCUCAGGGUCGGUUGGAAAUCCCUGGCAAUGUGAUUUGUGACAGGCAGCAAAUCCCAUCCCCAGGAACCCCAGCCGGCCAUGGCACAGGGGUGGGGGGGACACCGGGAGGGGCCAGCGGCUGUCACCUAGGAGGGAAAGAGCAAAGGAGGUAAUGAGAUUUGAGGACAUCUGUCUUCCAGCUUCUGCCUGCUGCUACCCUCCUAGACCUUGCAGGAAAGUCUUAUCUCCAUGUCUGAAGACAGGGCUAAUCACCAAGCUGGAUACCCUGCCGCAGCCAUACCCUGGCCCCCAGGCAUGGAGAGGCACAAAUGCCUGGCUGGUCCCUUUAGACCAGGAAGGCUGGGACUAGGUUUCCUCCAGCCCUGCUACUUUUGCCAGCUCC